AAAAAAAAAAAAAAAUUGUUACACGGUGUAAUCAAUCAAAACCAAACAUUAUAAAACAGAAAUUCUGAUAUAACAAAUAUGCCUGGUUUGCUGUGGAACUUAACUAUAGGUAUUGCAUGUAUGAUAAUUAAAAACAUAGUGAUAUAGGACUUAAAUGUACUUUUUUAAAUUAUGCUUGGGCUUAGAAAAUACAUUGGUUAAAUCAUUUCAGAUCGCUUUGUUCGCUUCAUAUAGGUGUUAAAGUGGAUGUAUAUAAAUUGUUGUUAGGUACCUACCUUCAUUAUAUCUCAACAUAGAGGUGCCACUGGAUAGAUGUAAGAUUUCAUCUAGAGCUAAGUGAAAAACCUUACUGAAGAAACAUUCAAUUUUGUAUUGUGAAAAUCACAUCAGUCAUAUCCUGUGUGUGUGUCUCUCUCUCUCUAUUGUGUUGCAGAAUCCAACAAUUUUAAAAGGAAGCUCAUGGUUUAUUUGACCCAGGGGGCAAACUAUUUCUUCUGUCUUCUACUGCUGCUGCUGAAAAGCAAUAAAAUAAUAAUAGUUUUUCAUCCUCUGUGUGCGGCAGGCAGAGUUCAAGGUGAGGGGAGAUAUCAUCAAUGGAAGGAAUCACAAAGGACCCAGGAGACCUCACACAACCAUGGAUGGAAAGCUGCUGUUGAGUGACUAUGAGAUUUGCUGCUAUGGCACGUUCACCGAUAUGAGCAAAGGUCAGUUGGAGUGGAUGGUGGAGCUUUGUGGAGCCACAGUCAUUAAAGAGCCUUGCUUAUUCACAUACAGCCCUGACUGUCGUCCAGUGGUCAUUGUACAGCCUGAUUCAGGAGGGAAAGAAAUUGACUACGAAGCACUCCAGCGGCAAUACAAUGCAAGUGUGGUGACACGGGAAUGGAUCCUGGACAGUGUUGCUUGCUACAGCUGCCACAGCUUGGACUCCUAUCUGGUUGAGCCCCUCCACUGAAUUCUGCUAAAAUACUUCUCAAACUGGACUGUUGUAGCCAUACAGAAGAUGUUUAUUUCCAUUGUUUUUCAAAUAAUUAAAUCAUUAUUUACUGUCACUUUCUUGUGCAGUCUAAAUUAUUAUUGUCUCUUCUUAGAAAAAUGCCCACUAAAGUUCUGUUUUAAGUGUACAGUCCUGUUGCCAUGGCAGUAACUUAUUUCUUUAUUUUUUCUUGGCUGUUCGGGAACUGGAAGCAUACAGGUUUUAAACAAGAUGAGCGUACAGGCUUUGACUUUAUUUGUUCAAAUAAGUUCACAUGUUUUUUACUUAUUUUUUUAAGGUCACAUGACAUUGUUUCUGGACAGAGAUUUCAAAAUCUAAGCAUUGGGAUAUACAUGUUUGAAUAAGUUUUCAAAAUGUAAGCAAAUGUUAAUUUUGAAUUCCCUGGAAAACAAAAGUAUAAAGUACAAAAAAAAAUUUACAACCGUAAAUAAAAUAAUAAUCUUUAAUGAGUCAGAUAAACCCAGUACCAUCAAAUUACCCAUUAAAGAAAGGAGUAUAGGUGUGUUAUUUAUUACAGACAUAAUUGAUAAAUUCUUUUAUAUAGAC